AUGCCCUCCUCCUUGAUUUUACAGUCCUCUAUCUCUAUUGCUAUCCAAGUGAAAAAAAAUGAGAAACUCAAUCAUUUACCAAAAAAGCUCAAAAAAUUUUUGAAAAAAGGAGAUGAAGAAGUGACCAAAGAAUUUAUUAUCGAGCUUAAACUAUUACAUUCUGUGAAUCUCCUUCCCAAUUUUCAAUUCAGAAUUACAUAUGACCCUGAAGCGAAUAAAUUCUUUCAAGUACUACGUCCAACAAUAAACGAAAUUCUCGAGUAUCUUAAAGAAGAAACAAUACGAUUUAUUAUAAAUCGCAAUAAAAAAUCUAUACCUGUCUUAGACGCAAUGCUUGUAUUAGAUGCAACAAAAGAAUUUAUGCCUAUUUUAGAUGCAACACCUGUCUUAGACGCAACAGUCGCAACAACACCUGGUUUAGAUGCCUUCGAUGCAGCAUUAGAUACAACAGAAGAACUUACACCUGUCUUAGAUACAACAGAAUCAAAUAUUUCCCGUGCAUUUGGUGUUGUGUAUUCUGUAGAAUAUAAUGGGAAAAUGUUCGCAUUAAAAAGCCUUGACAAUGAUAAUGUGAAUAAAGAAGUGUCUAAAGAAUUUAUUAAAGAGCUUAGACAAUUAUAUAAUAUUAGUCCUAAUCCUAACGUUAACCAAUUCCACAGAAUUACGCAUGAUCCAGAAACCAAUAAAUUCAUGUUGGUACUACAAUUUGCUAACAGAGGGCACUUGCGACAAUAUUUACAAAAUAAAUGGCAUGAUGGCACUUAUAUGAUAAAAUUAGAUAAAAUUAUAAAAUUUGCAUUACAAGCUACUUCCGGUUCAAAAGGAGCGCCAGCAUAUCUUGAUCCAUAUUGUUGUUGCCAACCUGGGAAAAAACCAGAUGAAAAAUCAGAUAUUUACAGCUUAGGAGUAAUAUUUUGGGAGCUUACAAGCGGAGUUCCUCCAUUCGCAAAUGCUAUUAAUAAUUUGGUCAUACUUUUUCAAACAUACAGAGGUUAUCGAGAACAAGCAAUUCCCGGAACACCAGCAGAAUACGCUAAACUUUAUGAGAAAUGCUGGAACGCUGAACCGAAAGAACGUCCAACAAUAAAUAAAAUUCUUGAAAAUCUUAAUUUAAUGUCAAAAGGCAAAACAGAUCGACUUAUUAUGAAUAAAAAACAGGGAACUUAUACAAGCAGUCUCAAUUCUAUAGUCAACUAA